GGAGUUGAGUUUUACUUUGCUCGUAUUCCAUUAAAAAAAAAUCAAUAAAUAUAAAUAUACCCUUCUAUUUAUAAGGUAAAGACAUUUUUACUCUAUCACAAAAUAUAAAAUAAAAUAAGAUUGAAAAAUAAAUUAUUCUAAACUUCAUCUUAAAAUAAAAGGAAUGAAAUUAAGAUACUCUAAAUUAAAAAUGGAUGAACAUUCAUAUAGUAGUGUGGUUUUGGCUCAAGUUUCUAAAUCUUAGGAUUCGGUUUAUGAAUUUUAUUCAGAUAUUGUAAUUUUAGAUUGGUUCGAUUUAUUAGCAUUUUACUGGUUCUUUUAUAAAACAACAUCAAUUAUCUAAAACUAUCCAUUAAUAUUCUAUUAAUUAUGACAUUAAAAUAUUUACUUUCCAACAUAUUGGAAGAAAUAUAAAUUACCCAAAAUUCGAGAAAUAUGUUAAUAAAUUCAGUUAGUUUUGAUUUCGGAAAUAUUGAUUUGAGUUUUCUUUUAAUCAGAUAUCACCCACUACCCAAUAUCAAAUUACGCUCUAUUUGAAUCAUUUCUCUAAAGCUAAAAUCGAUUGGGUCUGAUUUUUGUGGAUAGGAUUUACGACGCUGUCAUUUAUUAUCAUCAUGUUCCAAAACGAAUUUCAUAAAUGUGAGUGUACGGACCUGAUGAUGGGUAUCUGGGCUAUAAAGGCCGGCUAAAAGUCCAGGGAACAGAAAGCCACGAGUUUUAAACCAAACAAAAAAAGAAAAAAAGUUUGUGGCUGCUGGGAUUCGAGCCCAGGUCUCCACGGCCACAACGUGGAAUUCUUACCACUAAACUACAGCCACUUUGGUGACGAUUAGUUCGUUAAAACAAUUUUAUUUCUCGUAGUUAUCUCUGUAAGACCUAUUUAGUCAUUUUUAAAAUAACUCUUAACUCUUCGUCUCCAUUUGCUCAGUCACCGACCCAAUGUAACAUACGUUUCAGUAACUCUGCUUCAAGUACGCUCAUAACUAACAUCAUAUAAAGUUAACCCUUUCACAUUCCUCAUAUUAGCCACCAUUUAAGUACUCUUAAAUCACCAGUAACCUUCAAGUCUAUGCAAACCACACUAUAAAAACACAACUCUCAUAACCCAAUCAUCACCACAAACACAAAUCUCAAAAAAAGAACGAUGGUUUCUAACACAUGUUUUUUCCUCUUCGCCACCACGGCUCUCCUCCUCGCCCUCAACAUCUCCGGCAGGAUAAUCCCGGAGGCGACGGCUGAUCCCACAAACAUAGCGGCGAGGCUUAACGGAGGAGGACUAAUGGAGUGUUGGGAUGCUCUCUACGAGCUCAAAUCAUGCACCAACGAAAUCGUUCUCUUCUUCCUCAACGGGGAGACCAAACUCGGCGCCGGUUGCUGUCACGCAGUGGACGUCAUCACCAGAGAUUGUUGGCCGUCGAUGUUAACAUCUCUUGGCUUUACGUCUGAGGAAACCAACGUCCUCCGUGGCUUCUGUGAGGCUCCAAAUCCCGGUGGUUCUUCUCCUGCUCCUUCCCCUUUAAAAUUUUGAUGUAUGCAAACAUCUAAUAAUGGUUAUUUUUAGUAUCAUGUAAGGGACUAAUGGAGUCUCCUUUUAUAAUUAAUGGACAAAUGGAAUCUCUUUUUCGAUUUUUGUGUUUUAACUAAAACCAUGUCUAUACCAUAGAAUUGGAAAAUUCAGAUAUAGGUUAUCAGAACAAAAACAGAACAUAUCAAAAUCCCAAGUAACUUGUAGAACAAGAAAUUGAUUCAUGUUUAUGCAUCCUAGGUAAUUUCAUAGAUUUGAAACAAUUAUCCGAAGAAGAAAAGAACAGGUAGAAGACCAUAUAAAGAAAAACAUGUAACUUAUUAAACAAUAAGAUGGAUUCAUGCUUCUGUAGCUCUCCUCAAGAAAACCUCAGAACAAUUUCAUUUUACACCAUUAGGUGAAAAAUCAAAGAAGCAACACAAAAUUCACAAUUCUAGACAUGACCAAGACUCCAUGGUCGUCAUGUUCUCUUACUUCUCUAAACUUAGCUUGUGACUCAGGCUGGAAGGAGUUAGCCACGUCGAUCAUGAACCAGUUCCUGACAUCAGAUUAAGCUAAGCGGUCCAUCAUAGUGUUGGUAUCACUCAUAAUCUCAAAGAGUUUCCUGCUUAAGAAGAAACUUUAAACGCUAGGGAAACAACAGUUAGUUUCGAAGGAUUCGAAAAGGAACUUCAUCAGUACUAGCAAGCAUUGAUCCGUUUGUGUGCAUGUGAAUACUAGUAAAGAUAAUCUUCAAAAAAAAAAAAA